UUCCAGGCGAGCCCGGUCUCUAUUCUCCCGAGAUGCCUAAGACUCGCGUGUGGCUUUCUCCGUGGGAGGCAGAAGGAGAUAUGAAUGAAAAUUCUGUACAGAAUCCGCCAAAGAAAGGACUUAAGAAUCUGUUUUGGGAGCGUUCGUGGUGGCUCGUUUUGGAAGGGAUGGCCAGGAUCCCAAGUCAGAGUCCAGAAAACCCUGGGAAUCUUCAAGGAGAAGUGCAGUGAGAGCCCUGACCUGAAUCUCGCCCCGUGUUGGACGCAGGGAGAAGCCCUUCUCGUGUCGCCAGCAGCAGGCACACUGUGCGGACCCUUCAUGCUGAUGGCUUCCAAGGUGAGAAGCGCUGACCUCUGAGAGCGCGGAGCCAAAUGGCUGCAGGGGACGGUGCGGUGCAGGUGUGCAAGGACGAGUCCCGGCAGGCUCAGGGCACGGGCGCUCUCUUGGAAACCAAGGAGAACCCCGAGAGGAGGGAGGGAAGUGGGGCGAGCCCUCUCGCAGAGCGUCCUUUGGAGGACCUUCACCUUAAGCUGGUGUCUGACAUCGCAGAGCUGGGCUCGCCCUCUCCCAGGGCUGAGGCAGCUGGCCAGCCACGCGAGGAAGUCCCCUUGGCGGAGAAGCCACUCCUGGGCAGUCGGUGUGAUGUGGCCGGCAGUCGGGACUCGGAGCUGCUGGGGCUUCAUCAGAGGGGCCAAGGCGGACAAAAGCCCUACCGGUGCGAGCAGUGUGGCAAGGCCUUCAGCAGGAGCUCCAGCCUGCUGGUGCAUCGAGCAGGGCACGAGGACGAAAAGCCCUACAAAUGUGACAGGUGCGGCAAGGGCUUCACCAGGAGCUCCAGCCUGCUCAUCCACCACGCCGUGCACACGGGCGAGAGGCCCUACAAGUGCAACAGGUGCGGCAAGGGCUUCAGCCAGAGCUCCAAACUGCACAUCCACCAGCGGGUGCACACGGGCGAGAAGCCCUACGAGUGUGGAGAGUGCGGGAUGAGCUUCAGCCAGCGCUCCAACCUGCACAUCCACCAGCGGGUGCACACGGGCGAGAGGCCCUACAAGUGCGGGGAGUGCGGCAAGGGCUUCAGCCAGAGCUCCAACCUGCACAUCCACCGCUGCACCCACACCGGGGAGAAGCCCUACCAGUGCUACGAGUGCGGCAAGGGCUUCAGCCAGAGCUCCGACCUGCGCGUCCACCUGCGGGUGCACACCGGGGAGAAGCCCUACCACUGCGGCAAGUGCGGCAAGGGCUUCAGCCAGAGCUCCAAGCUGCUCAUCCACCAGCGGGUGCACACGGGCGAGAGGCCCUAUGAGUGUGCCAAGUGCGGCAAGGGCUUCAGCCAGAGCUCCAACCUGCACAUCCACCAGCGGGUGCACAGGAAGGAGCCACACUGA